ACUCUCCUCAAAAAAUCUUUUUCUGCCUACAGUCUUGAUAUUCAAAAAUAUAUUGACGAAGCUGAGAACGGAGUAAUUUAUUUCUGCAUGGGCAGUAUGUUACGGGGUGAAUCUUUUUCGGCCGAAAAAAGACAAAUGUUCUUGAAUGUCUUCGCUAAAAUUCCACAACGAAUUCUGUGGAAAUGGGAAGGAGAACUACCCGGAAAACCGCCCAAUGUAAUGAUUCGCAAAUGGAUGCCACAACGAGAUAUUUUAGCUCAUCCUAAUGUUAAACUAUUUAUGUCUCAUGGUGGCUUAUUAGGAACCACCGAGGCUGUGUAUGAAGGUGUUCCAAUUUUGUCAAUACCAAUGUUUGGUGAUCAAUUGUCGAAUAUCAAAACUGUUGUAAGCAGAGGAGCUGCAGAAAUGAUGAAUUAUGAAGAUUUGAAUGAAGAUGAAAUUUAUGUAAAAAUAACAUCGAUGCUCACAAAUCCUAUAUACAGACAAAAGGCUAAAAAGUUAUCAGAAGCUUUUCGUGAUAGACCUAUGUCUGCCUUAGAAACUGCAGUUUUUUGGACCGAGUAUGUCAUCCGACACAAAGGGGCGCCGCUGCUUCGAUUUGCUACAGUCGGUACACCAUGGUAUCAAUACUAUUUAAUCGAUGUAUUAGUUGUAAUUUUCUUAUUUGUUACAACAAUUUUUUUAUUGUUAUACUGUUCAAUUUUCAAAUUUCUUUUAAGAUUGUUGAUUAGAAAACCGAAAGAGAAACAAUCUUAAUAUAAUAAUGAUGCUUAUUUUAAAUAAAAAUACUGAAAUAAU